AGAAUGUGAAUGCGAAUGUGAUGAAAGUGAUUUCAUUUCCGUCGAAAGAUAAUUGGGAUCGGUUUCAUCACGAGUACAAAGUACCAGAACGAAAAUUGAUCGUUUCAAAAGCACAGGACUAAACUGUUUUGGAAACUCAUGAUAACAGUCUGAAGAGUAGGAAAAAAGUUCUUCAGAGAACGGACGGCCAAAAGCCAAACAUGGAGGGCGCCAUCAAGUUCCAAAGCCAUGGCGGCAUCGGCACGGCCCUCUCACUUGCGCUCGCAGCUUGGAAACCCCACAGAAGACGAACCGCGAGCUUCGUCGCCCACGGCAGCAAGGACGGCAGCAGCAAGAAGUCGAGAUCCCCAAACACCCAUUUGCAAUCACGCCAUGAAAUCGAAACCCCGCGUUGCAGCUCCGCGCAACACAGGGCGGUCCUCGUGGAGGCCUUUCACGAGCACCGGAGGCUCAAUUCGUUGCUCCAGAGGCUCAGCGAGAAGGGCUCUUGCCCUCUGCGGAUGCUCGAAGACGAUGGAGAUUGGACUCGGGACCAGUUCUGGGCCGUGGUCAAGUCCCUGCGACACGCUUCGAGGUCCCUUGAAAUUCUCAAGGUAUUUGAUAUGUGGAAGGACAGAAAACCAUCACGCCUUACUGAGUUCAACUAUGAGAGGAUCAUACUGUUGUUAUGUGAAGAGGGUCUUAUGAAUGAAGCAGUUUCAGCAUUUCAACAGAUGAAAAAUAACUAUCUGAAAGCUUCUGUAGAAAUGUACAAUUCAAUGGUCCAUGGAUAUGCCAACAGAGGGAGCUUUGAUGAUGCGUUACUGUUUCUUGAUGAGAUGAGAGAAAAUGACUUGGGCCCUAAUAACGAGACCUAUAACGGGCUAAUCCGAGCAUAUGGAAAAUAUAAAAUGUAUGAUGAGUUGGGUACGUGUGUAAAGCAAAUGGAAUUAAACGGAUGUUUGCCUGACCAUGUAACUUAUAAUUUGCUUAUUCGAGAGUUUUCUCGUGCUGGGUUACUUCAACAGAUGGAGAGACUGCAGCGAACAAUGUUUUCUAAGAGAAUGUAUUUGCAGCCAUUAUCUCUGGUAUCGAUGCUUGAUGCAUACGCCAACUUUGGUAUUUUAGCUAAGAUGGAGAAGGCUUACAUAAGGGUUUUGAAUGCGAAAAUUCCCCUAAAGGAGGAUCUUAUCAGAAAAUUGGCUGGAAUAUAUAUAGAAAACUACAUGUUUUCUAGGCUGGAUGAUUUGGGAUGCCAUUGUUCUUCAAGUAGUGGUAGUGAUCUUUCUUGGUUCUUACGGCUCCUUUCUAAUGCUCGUCUUUUGAGUAACACAGGCAUGGACUUGGUUGUCAGAGAGAUGGAAGAAGCCGGAGUUCCUUGGACCGUGACACUUGUGAACACUGUUUUUCUUACCCUUUUGAAGAUGAAAGAUUUUAAGCACUUGAGAACUUUACUAUUGGGGCUGCCAGCCGAAAGAUUGAAACCCGAUAUUGUGACUGUUGGGGUGUUAUUAGAUGCAAACCGAAUUGGUUUUGAUGGAUUUCCGAUUUUAGAUGCAUGGAGAAGGAUGGGGUUCCUCUGCAGGGAUGUGGAGAUGGAAACUGACCCACUGGUUCUCAUUGCAUUUGGUAAAGGUCAUUUCUUGAGAAGUUGCGAAGAUAUCUACUGCUCCUUUGAACUUCAAAACAAAGCAAAGACUAGGUGGACCUACAACACUCUUAUCGAUUCGGUAUCAGAGCUGUGGAAGGAAGACUCUUUUAAAAACCAGUAAAUGCACUGUGAAGUUUAAAUGUCCCUUCUGAAGGUUGAUCUAUGAAAUUUUUGUAAGGAUAGACUUUGUAAAGGACAUAAUUCUUGUGCUUGAAACAGAGGAUUCUGGAAAAGCAUUUCCAGUAUCCGCUUCUGAGUUAUCAUGCACAUUAAGAAGGCACAAGUUUAUAAAUUGGCAGAAGUUGCAUCUGUUCAUUUUCACAGGGCUGAUUACAUUCAUUUGGAAGCUAAGCAGUCAUUUAGGGGCCUUAGCUGGUGAUUUGGGCUGUUUCCCUCUCGACGAUGGAGCUUAUUCACCAUCGUCUCACCGACUGACCUUGACCCCUAUUAUUUGGAGGUCAUAUAAAAUAAUGUGCCUUGGCAUCUAAGCUGGAUGAGAUUGAAAUGAGACGCAUUCUAAUGUGUGAAGCUAUACUGGGUAAGCAAGAAGUUGUUACUCUGGGUUCCAGGGAACCCCUGCCUCGAGAAUCCUUUUAACCAAAGUACAUAGUCUGGUUCCCUGUCAUGAAUACCCAUGUCCUUUGCAAAUACGUUAUAAGUUUCCGGGCUCCAUCAAUAAGGAAGGUGAGCUGCAAUCUCUAGGCUUGUCAAAUCGUUUUGAUUGAAACUGAAUGAUUUUUCAUUUGAGAAACUUCUAAAGAAUGAACCUUUUCUUACACACCUUGUUCGAGACAUUUGUUUAUCUUGCGUAUCCUCCCUUGUGCAGGUAUACCAGUUAUGUUGGUUGUGCGACAGUGGCCGCUGUGAAUAAGUUUUCUUGAUUUAUUAGCUGCUUUGUUGAAUUUACUAGAUAACUGGCUAGUGGAACUAAUAGCUGAGUUUCACAAACAUUCUUACGUAAGUAUUCUUAAGAUAUGAUGGUCUUUCAUUGUUACUCGUGUCUCAUGCUCUGUGAUAGUUUCAAACAUAUUAUUUUCCAUAAAUGUAAUUGUUUCCCAAAUUUCAGUAAGAAAUAAGAUGGUGCUGAUGUUUUGAAAGAAACAGCAUAUCCAACCUAUGGUUAAAAUGCGACUGAUUAUGUAAUUGUGGAAAAGGUCUGGUUAAGAUAUCAGUUGGUAUUUGGCCUCCAUGUCCUAAAUAUUUUUAAAACCUCUGGUGGGAAUACACAAUGAUUAAGUCUUUGAUGUAAUUAAGAGAGAUAUCCCAUGAUCAUAUAGACAAUCAUAAAGUCACUCAUUUAGUUAAAUGAGCCACCUAUUAGAUACCAAAGUUAACCGUUCAUGUAGUUACUCCUUUUGAAUGUGAAAUAGCAAUAGUUCCUUCAAAGAAUUCAACAAAACUGUAAGAAAUUGUCCCAUCUCCUUGUCGCCAAUCAAUUUUCCAUCUCAAACCUAUUCAAACAGACAUAAUUACAUCAUAAAGUUCCUAAUUUCACGUACCUCUUUAUCACCAUACAAUCUGUAGACUUUUGGGCAUUAAAUUGUUCAACUUUGAAUGUUCCUUUACAUUUGUUGAGUUGCUUAUUCACUCGAAGUUUUCUCUCGGAGGAGGAUCAUAGCAGAGUUUGUUCACACACUAAUGAGCAUCACUAGGGAAUUGUGGCUGAGGGCCAUGAUGAACCCAUUACCCUAAGGUAAUAUUAGAACUUGUUUGUCAUCAUAUUCAAUGGCUUCUAUCUUUUGAUAAUUGGAUACGGUGUAGCGAAUGCUAUUCAUUUUUGUUUCCUGUGUCAUCAAAUGUUCUGUCCAAUGAAUGUUCUUAUUGUUAUCUUGUAGGGAUUUUGUUUACAAGUGCCCAAGAUGAACUUGUUAAAUAUCCAAAUAAAGAAAUUCGUCACCUUUUAAAGUGUUGUCAUUCUCGUGUUAUGCACAAUCAGUGCAUUCAAAAUGCAAAUGUUUCUUUAUUAGGUAAUGUUAACAAGAUCCUUUUUUACAAUAUGGUUAUUUGGACGUUCGAAUCAACUAAUCCACCCCAAACUCAGUUGGAUUUGACGAAGAGUUUUCUUCUUGUGAAGCCAGCUCCUAGGUGCCACACCGGGUCCUCCUCUCCUGGUAGUACCUGGCUGCGAUAUCUCAGUGAAAUUAGGCAUGUGCUCUAAAUGCAUGGACCAGCCACAUAACAUCAUAUGAAGAAAGGGAAGCUAAUUAUCUGUUGAAGUUGAUAAAAUUGCUAAAUUGCAGUCACCCGAUCAGUGCUCAAUUUGCAACAUAACGCAGAAAUCAAAGAAAAAGAAUGAGGAGGCAAAUAUCCAAGUAGAUUUACUUGCCCUUACAGGAGAAAGAAAAUGUCCUAAUGCGGUUUCAUCUUCUUAUGUCGAUGCUUAUCUGGAGCAAAACUAUGGCCAUGCUAUCUGGAUGCAACAGAAUUUCUUUUUACCACACUUGGAAGAGAGUUUUCACCAUAUUCCCUCAGAAAUGAGAAAAAAUCC